AUGCCAUCGCUCGAGGAAAGUCGCCGACAGGUAGAGCAGAGCCUUGAGGGCGAGACAGACCACGAUGCGAUCCUCGCAAGCCUUCAGAACGAAAUUGACCGACACAAUGCGAUCAAAGACGACCAACGAGAGAACAUAGACGGUCGCAGAAGAUCACGGCGUGAGGACGAAUGGCGAUCACCUCGCGCAUCGAAGUUCCGAUUCAAGCAUGGCACGAAAGAUCCACAAGACGAUCGUAGAAAGCAUCGCCGCUCACGGCGGGAGGACAGCUACGAUUCGGCCGGCGAGCGUCGGCACCAUAAGAAGCGCAGGAAACAUGGCACUCCUUCCCGCGAGGACCCAGAUACGCAGGACUCCGAUGCAGCGCAUCCCUUCCCUCGGGAACCCGCGGACCCUUCUUCCAUGGACACAGACGCCUUCCGCGCAUCGCUCUUCGACGCUUUGGCCGACGACGAGGGGGCUGCAGCCUAUUGGGAGAGCGUCUAUAACCAGCCCAUCCACGUCUAUCCGCGCCCGGCCCAGCAGAAUGCGACGACUGGCAAGCUGGAGCAGAUGAACGAUGAAGAGUAUGUCACGUACGUCAAGGAAAAGAUGUGGGAGCGAAAGAAUCCUGAGGUGGUGUUUGAGCGGGAGAAGAGGGAGAAAGAAAGGAGAGCGGAGGAGGAAGAGAGGACCAGGAAGCGGGAGGAGUUUGUGCGGAGGAAGGAGAGGCAGGCUUGGGAGAGGGCGCAGCGGUGGAAGGGUAGAGAAGGUGCUGGCGAUGGCGAGGAGGAUGAGGAUGCGUGGGAGAGGUAUGAGUAUGCUUUUACCGGCGACUCCAACCGUCCCGCCACUCAGCCUACCAAGGAGGCGCCAUCAGAAUCCGAGUACACCACCGCCUGGUCCACCUACCUCUCCUCCUGGUCCAAGUUGCUCACUUCUCAGCCAAGCGAUUCCGACACUAAGCUCGCUAAUCGCCUCCCUUGGCCCGUACUUCCCGGCAAACUCGUCCUCAAGCCCAACAUCGAGGCCUUCAUGCGUCGCGCGCCUGCCGACAGCGCUAAGGAUCGAUUACGUACGCUCAAAGCUGAGCGCGUGCGCUGGCAUCCGGACAAGAUCCAACAGCGCUUUGGUGGAGAGGUCGACGAGGGGACAAUGAAGCUUGUUACGGGCGUGUUCCAGGUGGUGGAUGCGAUGCUGGAGGUGGAGAGGAAGGGAGGUGGUGGGUGA